UCCAAGUUGCAGGGCACAGCUGGGUAUUUUCUAAUGUCUUCACUUCUUGUUCUGAAACUCACACCUACGUUCCUCAAAGUUCACCAAAUUCUUCAAUCCAUUCCUACAUAUUGUACUAAAAAAAGUUCCUGUUCCAUGGCGCCUUUUCUAAUCUUCCUUCUUUGUAUUCAGUUCCAUUUCUGCUUUUCUUCUAAUAAUAAUGCAGUCAUUUUACCUCUAAAAACCCAGGUAAUCCCAGCUUGGGCCGUCCCAAAACCCCCGAACAAGGUCUACUUCCACCAUAACGUCAGCUUAACAGUCUCUCUCACAGUCGGGACUCCUCCACAAGACGUUACAAUGGUAAUCGACACCGGAAGCGAGCUUUCCUGGCUUCACUGUAAAAAAUCCCCAAGCCUGUAUACAACAUUUGAUCCACUUGGCUCCUCUUCCUAUUCUCCAAUCCCCUGUACUUCUCCCAUCUGCACGACUCGAACCAGAGACUUUACUAUACCUGUCUCGUGCGACCCAAAGAAGCUAUGCCAUGCCACGCUCUCUUACGCAGACAUGUCGUCCUGCGAAGGGAACCUCGCAUAUGAUACAUUCCACAUCGGGAGCUCGGCCACACCUGCUACCAUCUUCGGCUGCAUGGACUCCAGCUACAGUAGCAUCUCGGAAGAGGACUCCAAGACUACAGGGUUAAUGGGUAUGAAUCGAGGCUCUCUUUCCUUUGUUUCUCAGAUGGGUUUCCUAAAAUUCUCUUACUGCAUCUCGAAUCGCGAUUCCUUUGGCAUACUACUGCUGGGAGAAGCGAGUAUCCCCUGGCUCGGCCCGUUAAACUACACUCCGCUCAUCCAAAUAUCAACCCCGUUACCUUAUUUCGACCGAGUCGCCUACACAAUUCAACUCGAGGGGAUUAGGGUUUCUACAAAGGUACUUCCGCUAGCCAAGUCGGUGUUCGUGCCGGACCACACAGGCGCCGGUCAGACCAUGCUUGACUCCGGCACUCAGUUCACAUUCCUACUUGAACCCGCUUACACGGCAUUGAAGAACGAGUUCUUGCAGCAGACAAGAGGAGUUUUGAGGGUUUUGGAGGAUCCAGACUUCGUUUUCCAAGAUGCGAUGGAUUUAUGUUACCGGGUUCCGUUGAAUCAGUGGAGUCUGCCACCAUUACCGACGGUGAGCUUGAUGUUUCGGGGAGCCGAGAUGACCGUAUCGGGAGAUCCCUUGUUGUAUCGGGUUCCGGGGGAGGUAAGAGGUAGUGAUGCCAUCUACUGUUUCACUUUUGCGAACUCGGAUCGCUUGGGGAGAGAGGCGUAUGUUAUCGGGCAUCACCACCAACAAAACGUGUGGCUGGAAUUUGAUCUGCAAAAAUCAAGGGUGGGAUUGGCUCCAGUCAGGUGUGAUCUGGCUGGUCAAAAGUUGGGUCAGGGUUCUUAGUUUCUGUGACAAGGAUAUGGUAAGAUGGGCUGCUUACAGAGCGCGCCCCACAGUCCAUCCCCUCCGUGCAUUGGGAUCAUCUCCCGUGCUUGUGAUGAGGAGAUAUUCCCAAUGCACGGAAGCAAUGAGUUGGACGCUUGUGGGGCGCGUUAUGUAUGCAGCCGAUUCCGUAGAUAUAGCUUCGGGAUCAUCGUACCGCAAUGACACCGAGAGAAAAGGGCACCUCUGCUUAUUGAUCCACGCUGUCCAAUCCAUGGUCCACCUCUUCCGUUUUCUUUUUUUGGUAAUAGUCCACCUCUUCCGUUAACGUGGGAAUAUCAGAGGUGGCCCAUCGAUCGGACAGUUUGGCUAUCACGAUUUACGAUUUUCUUACGUUACAAUCAAUUUUUUUUUAUUAUUCACUGUGUUCUGUUUGAUUGCCAAAAAUCAAGAUCAGUGGAAUGAUUUUUUUUU